CCCGGAAUCCCGGGAUUCAUCUGUUCUACAGCUACAGAUAAAUACAUCCAACAAAAUUUUAUCUCGCUCUCCCGUGUGCUUUUUCAAUCUCGUCACCGCACUCACUUUGGCUUCCAUGGCAAUGGCAUCAUCUUUGACGCCGGUGGUUGGUGGUCGUUAGGUAGCACGCGGCGUCUUCCCGUACAUUCGUGAUUGAUGGCGGCGGCGGCGGCGGCUUCGGGAGAGCGGGGGCGGCGGUACUGGCGGUGGAGCAAGCCGGAUUUUUUCCCGGAGCCGUCGUUCGCGAGCUGGCGCUCCUACGGCGGCGCGCUCGCGGCCACCGUGCCGCGGCUGGUCGACCGCGUCGGGAGCCGGUCGUCGGAGGAGGUGGAGGCCGGGACGCUGCGCGCCGAGAGCGAGAACCCGCUGCGGCGGUGCCUGUCGUGGGUGGACCUCGCGUUCCUUGGGUUCGGAUCCGUCGUCGGCUCCGGGGUGUUCGUGCUCACCGGCCAGGAGGCGCGCUUCGACGCCGGCCCGGCGAUCCCGCUCGCGUACGCCGCGGCGGGGUUCUCCGCGCUGCUCUCGUCCUUCUGCUACGCCGAGCUCUCCACCGAGAUCCCCUCCGCGGGGGGCUCGUUCUCGUACCUCCGCGUCGAGCUCGGCGACAUCGCGGCGUUCCUCGCCGCCGGGAACAUACUGCUCGAGGCCGUCGUAGGGGCGGCGGGGCUCGGCCGGUCGUGGACGUCGUACCUCGCCGCGCUCCUGGGCCGCGACACCGACGCGCUCCGCAUCCACGUGCCGGCGCUCGCCGAAGGGUUCAACCUGCUCGACCCCAUCGCCGUCGUCGUGUUAAUCUGCACCUCCGCGGUGGCCGUGUCCGGCGCGCGCAUCACGUCCACGCUCAACUCGCUGGCGUCGGUGGUCGGCAUCGGCAUCAUCGCCUUCGUGCUGGCGGCCGGGUUCUCCCACUUCGAUGCAGGCAACCUCGCGCCGUCCUUCUUCCCCUUCGGCGCCGCGGGCGUGUUCCGCGCGGCCGGGGUGGUGUACUGGUCGUACACCGGCUUCGACAUGGUGGCCACCAUGGCGGAGGAGACGAGGAACCCGGAACGCGACGUGCCCCUCGGGCUCAUCUCGUCGAUGUCGGCCAUCACCGUCGUGUACUGCCUCAUGUCGCUGGCGCUGGUCGGGAUGCAGCGGUACAGCGAGAUCGACGCCAACGCCGCCUACUCGGUGGCGUUCGCCGCCGCCGGGAUGAAGUUGGCGCGCUACGUGGUGGCGUUCGGCGCGCUCAAGGGGAUGACGAGCGGGCUCCUCGUCGGCGCGCUCGGGCAGGCCCGGUACACGACGCAGAUCGCGCGGACGCACAUGAUCCCGCCGUACUUCGCGCUCGUCCACCCGAGGACCGGCACGCCGAUCUACGCCACCGCCGCCGUCACGCUCGGCGCCGCCUGCGUCGCGCUCUUCUCCAGCCUCGACGUGCUCGCCUCGGUCUCCUCCAUCAGCACUCUCUUCAUCUUCGCGCUCGUCGCCGUGGCACUCCUCGUCCGCCGCUACUACGUCGCCGGGACGACGACGGCCGCGCAGCUGCGCACCUUCCUCGCCUUCCUCGCGCUCGUCGUCCUCUCCUCCAUCGGCCUCUCCGUCUACUACAACUCCCGGUACGCCGCGCGGUGGCCCGGGUACGCGGCGUUCGGCGCCGGGUGGGCGGCCGGCGCGGCUGGGCUGGCGCUGUGCGCGGAGCGGCAGCGCGUGCCCAAGGUGUACGGCGUGCCGCUCAUGCCGUGGCUGCCGGCCAUGUCUGUCGCCACCAACCUCUUCCUGAUGGGCUCGCUCGGCACCGCGGCGUACAUGCGCUUCGGCAUCUGCACGGCCGCCAUGCUCGUCUACUACGUCCUCUUCGGCGUGCACGCCACCUACGACCUCGCGCACUCCGACGACGCUGCCGCCGACAGGCUCGAGCACGGCAAGAUCGCCGCGCCGACUCCGCCGCCGCCGGCAUGACACGGCUUGAAGCUUUCUUGAUGAUGAUUUAGUCGUUUUAAUUUUGUUCCUCGGAAACGAGCAGCAGGUCUCAUUAGUCAUUAAUUUUCUUUUCUGUCGGAAUUUCACAUUCAUUUGGAUCUCCCCUGGAAGAUUUUUUACUCAAUUCCUUUUAGAAGUUAGAUGUUUUAUAUGAAUUACUGUAAAUUUUAUACUGACCUCUUUGGAAGGUCUCAUUAGUCAUUAAUCAUAAUAAUCUAUCUGAAUUACUAGGGUGCAUUUCACAUUUAUUUGGAUGACUGGAU